AUGAAGGAGAGAGACAGGACUUGUACUUUUCAUACAUGUUUGGAGGUGUACCAAUGUGGCUACAAUGAUGAGACCAAAAUUAGUGUUUAUGUUUAUCCGAUCAAAUCAUACGUGGAUGAAAACGGAAAUGAAUUGACUAUUAUGAGAUCAAAAGAAUUUGAUGAAUUUCUAGAAGCUGUAAUGGAGAGUCCAUUUUACACGUCGUCCCCGGAAACAGCUUGUAUCUUCAUUCCUUCUAUAGAUGUUUUAAAUCAAAAUAACAACGAUAUGCGAAACAUUGCUCGUGUUUUGAAUCAACUGCCAUAUUGGAAUGAUGGUGCCAAUCAUUUAUUAGUGAAUAUGAUUUCUGGAACUGCACCGGAAUAUCACUCAGUUUUGGAAGCUGAUAUCGGUAAUGCCAUCGUCGCGGGUGCAGGAUUCUCAUCGUUGUCAUACCGAAAUACUUUUGACAUUCCAAUUCCAUUAUUCAAUCCUCUAGUUGCAGAUUUACAUCUGCCAAAAAAUAAAUUCAGUAACAAUAAAAAAUAUUUGUUAGUGUCUGCACAGCUUGGCCUGCAUAGAGAAUACAUGGCAGAACUGAAACAGUUGGAAACUGAUCAAAGUUUUUUACUUCUACAAACUUGCCCUCAUUCAACUAAACCUUGGAACUACACACAAAGAUGCAAAGGCUCAAAAAUUUACGAUUAUCCUCAAGUUUUGCAAAAUUCUACAUUUUGUUUAGUGCUACGUGGGGCUAGAUUGGCACAACCUGCACUCUACGAUGCAAUGAAAGCUGGGUGUAUUCCAGUAAUCAUUGCAGAUGGCUACGUGCUUCCAUUUUCAGACGUGUUAGACUGGCCUCGUGCAGCUGUUCAAGUUCGAGAGGACGAUCUAACAGAUGUCUUAAAAAUUAUCAAAACGUACAGCUCGGCUCGUAUCUCAGAGAUGAAAAAACAAGUGAAAUUUUAUUUCAAUCGUUAUAUUAGCACUAUGAAAGGCAUCGCCUUGACAACAUUACAAAUUAUCAACGAUCGAGUUUUUCCGUACGCCAGUAAAUCGUAUGAGUAUUGGAAUGAAAUUCCAAAACCUCAUGUUGUGAAAAAUCCAUUAUUUUUGCCUUUAUCACCUUCGAAAUCUCAAGGUUUCACUGCAGUGAUAUUAACUUACGAUCGUCUUGAGUCAUUAUAUGAGGUCAUCAAACAAGUCGCACGAGCUCCGAGCUUAGCCAAGGUAGUAGUUGUGUGGAACAAUCAAAAUAAAGUAGCGCCACCUAUGUCAUCGUGGCCGUAUAUUGGGAAACCUGUUAAGGUUGUGACAACGAAGAAAAAUAAACUCAGCAAUCGUUUUGUGCCGUAUGAUGAAAUUGAGACAGAAUGUAUCCUAGCGUUGGAUGACGAUAUUGUGAUGUUAACAGCAGAUGAAGUGGAGUUCGGAUAUCAAGUGUGGCGUGAAUUUCCAGAUAGACUUGUGGGAUUUCCUUCUCGAUUACAUUUAUGGGAUAACGCCACUAGUAAAUGGAAAUAUGAAUCUGAAUGGACCAAUGAAAUCUCUAUGGUGUUAACUGGUGCUGCCUUUUAUCACAAAUACUUUAGUUAUUUAUAUACCAAUGCUAUGCCUGGCAAUAUUAAAGCGUUGGUGGACGAACAUAUGAAUUGUGAGGACAUAGCUAUGAACUUCCUGAUGGCAAACGUGACCGGUAAGGCACCUAUUAAAGUGACUCCUCGUAAGAAAUUUAAAUGUCCUCAAUGUAUUAGUAAUGAAAUGUUGUCAGCUGAUAUAACUCAUAUGAUCGAACGCUCCGAUUGUAUCAACAUGUUUACUAAAAUUUAUCAGACUAUGCCAUUAAAGAGCAUCGAAUUUCGUGCAGACCCAGUGCUCUAUAAAGAUGAAUUUCCAUCCGUUUUGAAGAAAUACAAUGAUGUUGGUAGUUUAUAA